GACAGAGCCGUAUUGGACUCGCGCACCUCCGGCCAGGCUACAGCUGCUGCGGAUUUCCUCCUUUGCCAGCAAGAAAAAUGGCAUCCGUUGCAGUAGAGCCACAGCCGAGUGUGGUGACCAGGGUGGCCAACCUCCCCUUGGUCAGCUCCACGUAUGACCUAGUCUCCUCAGCUUACAUCACUACCAAGGAUCAGCACCCCUACCUGAAAUCUGUGUGUGAGAUGGCAGAGAAGGGCGUGAAGACCAUCACCUCCGUGGCUGUGACGAGCACUCUGCCCAUCAUCCAGAAGCUAGAGCCACAGAUUGCAGUUGCCAAUACUUAUGCCUGUAAGGGGCUGGACAGGAUUGAGGAAAAACUCCCUAUUCUGAAUCAACCAACAGAUCAGGUUGUUGCCAACGCCAAAGGUGCUGUGACUGGGGCAAAAGAUGCUAUGACAGCUACUGUGACCGGAGCCAAGGAGUCUGUGACCAGCACAAUUACGGAGGUGAUGGAUAAGACCAAAGGAGCAAUGACUGACAGUGUAAAUAAAACCAAGUCUGUGGUCAAUGGCAGCAUCAAUACGGUCUUGGGAAGUCGGAUGAUGCAGCUGGUGAGCAGUGGUGUAGAAAAUGCCCUCACCCAGUCAGAGCUGCUGGUAGACCAGUACCUCCCUCUCACCGAGGAAGAAUUAGAAAGAGAAGCCAAAAAAAUGGAAGGAUUUGAAACGGUUCAGAAGCCGAGCUACUAUGUUAGACUGGGAUCCCUGUCGACCAAACUCCGCUCACGUGCCUACCAGCAGGCCCUUGGCAGGGUUAAGGAGGCGAAGCAGAAAAGCCAGGAGACCAUUUCUCAGCUCCACUCCACUGUUAACAUGAUUGAAUUUGCCAGGAGGAAUGUGCACAGUGCAAACCAGACGCUCCAGGGCGCUCAGGAUAAGCUCUAUCUCUCCUGGGUAGAGUGGAAGAGGAGCAUUGGCUAUGAUGAUACAGAUGAAUCCCAUUGUGCUGAGCACAUCGAGUCACGUACUCUUGCUAUUGCCCGGAACCUGACUCAGCAGCUGCAGACAACGUGCCACACCCUCCUGUCCAACGUGCAGGGGUUACCACAGAACAUCCAGGAUAAGGCCACUCACUUGGGGCUGAUGGCUGGCGACAUCUACUCCGUGUUUCGCAAUGCGGGCUCCUUUAAAGAGGUGUCCGAGAGCCUCCUCACUUCUAGCAAGGGGCAACUGCAGAAAAUGAAGGAGUCUUUAGAUGAUGUGAUGGAUUAUCUUGUUAACAACACGCCUCUCAACUGGCUGGUAGGUCCCUUUCAUCCUCAGCUGACCGAGUCUCAGAAUACUCAGAACCAAGGGGAGGUGGCCAGCACCGACUAGGAGACUCAGCAACCUGAGAACAUACAUAUUAAGCCUGCUGCUGUCACAGUGCCUGACACCUGGUCAACGGCUGUUACCAUGAAAUUGAUCUGCUAGGCAACUCUGAAUUGGGGAAGCAGCUAGCUAGAAAAGAAGAUUCUCCAUGGUAGACCUCCUCCACCUUUAGAGCUCUAACGAAGCAGAUGAGUUCUGUAGCUUACCUGGGUGAUAAGAAGAGUGUGCUAGGUUAGUCAGAGCCUAGCCAGGACUCACGCACUCCGGCAUGUUUUAUAGUCUAGUUCUGUUGCAAAUGUUGCGUUGUUUGUGUUGAAUACAAACUACACGCAUGGUAUCAGCUGGUGCCUGCCCCAGUUGGGCUUCACCGCCAGUUUUUCUCACUGUGCUUGGUUGUGCGACUUGAGGUUUUUAUUUUUCAUAAGGGAAUGCCCCCCCUUUGCAUUCAAUAAAACUCACUGCAGAAUAGA